ACCCGGUAGACACUAUGAUAGGCCGGUACAACACAGAAACAUUAAACUUUACUUAAUUAACAAAAAUUCUUAAGCAAUUCAACACUCGUACUCAUCACUCCCAUCGGAACGGAUGUAAGCUCAAGUGAUUCAUAAUAUGGGAGGAAGCCGAAGAACCCAGACAAAUUCGAUGUGGUUGAACAAGUCCGUACCUAGCCUGAGUUUCCUCUGGCCCGACACCAAACCUAGACCUUUUGACAGAAAGUUGUCUAGUGUACAUCUAUCUGAGUCAGUACCGGACACUAACCCACAUACAAUUUGGCCUUUCCAUAUCCGACCGAGGAAUGGAACUCAAAACGACUUUUAAAGGAACUCUGCCACCGGGAGUUUACACGGCCUCGUUCUGAUACAGGAAGUAGCAGGUUCCCCGAACUUCCGGUUCCUAAAUCGUUGCUUAGUGCACAUAAACAGAAGAUAAGAUCAUUGACGUUACCUGUGUAUUUAGUGCAAAUGAAAAACACGUGCAUGCAUCAGUGUUCAUAAUACAUGAUACUAUUUAAAUUAUCCGUAAUUAAUUAUGGCUACGGGACAUAUCUUGCCAGGUUUUGGUCAACCUGUGACAAACUUGAAAAGAGCCAAAACAGCUUACCCUAUGGAUAAGACUAAACUAAGGGAAUACGCUGUAUUAAAUGUCCCAAAGCCAGACGCCAGCGAACUGGGAUAUAUACGAGAAAAUGCUCGACAAGUGUGGUCUGCCAAGCCUACACAUGCCACAUCAUACAACUGUCAUUAUGAAGGGAGACGACUGGACGAGCAGACGAAAUCCAGACCAACGUCACCAACAAGAAAAAACAAGCCUCAUCCGCCUCUAGUGUUUUUGACAAACAGACUUCAUUAUAUUGAUGGCAUGCAGAACCCUGAUGCUACAUUAGGAAAGGGUGUCUAUAGAGUGGAUGGUGUUGUACCGGACAAUGAAUACGUUAGGAGAAAGCUAAUCCGGGAAAAAUACAUCCCUCGUCCUCACACGGCAGCCAUUAAUCAAUAUGCUAAUGAUGGUAUGAAGGAUAUUUUCCCUGCCACCGAAGCACAGGCCGCUAGCGCUUGGCUGAAAAUUGCCGAUGAUAAAGAUAAAUUCCAGCUGAUGAAUAUGAUGCAAGAUGAACGAACAAAGGCAUUUAGAGAACAAAACAGGAAAUUACAACCACCUGCCCCAGUGCUGGAGAGAUCCAGAACAGACAUGCCCUCCCUUCACAGGUGGAUGAAAAUGGCCGGCGUUGAAGAAAGCACUGAUUUAAAUCGCGUUCUUCAGUCCAUCCGCACCAACCCUGAUCACCAGUUAUCUUCACGAGUCGGCUCUGCUGCAGGGUCCAUGAAACAGAGACGCAACAUUGACAUUGACGCCAUGGCGCGCAUUCGAUUUGUGCCCAAGGCAAGUCGUGGAGAGUUCCUGAUGCAUCCUGAUUGGCCCCCUAACAUUCCCCAUCAUCAUGUGCCUUGAGUGACCCUGAGUGACCCCGAGUGACAUUUUGAAUGACCAAUGAGUGACCAAGUGUCUGGGACUCAUCAUGUGUGGUAGAUUGUGCCUAUAGAAGCUAGUAUUAUACAAAUUUAGGACUGACAUUUGAAUUUACCACGACUGAACAUGAUAAUUUACAAGGACUGCCUUAUUUUGUUGUCUGUAAGAAAUCUGUCAUUUUUUUUACUCAUUCACCCCUAAAGAAACAUUUGAACUCUUCCAAUCCAAAGUUUGGAAUAGCUCAUUAUGAAAUUCCAGGGGUGAAUGAGUAAAGAAUCAUUUACUUCCAUUAUUGAUGAAAACCUAUACAUGCAUGUAUACUGCAUAUUUGUUAAUUUACGAUCCUUUAACCAGACUUAUGAGCCUUAUUUGUACGUUGGUAUGUUGUUUAUUUUUAAUUUUGAUUUAGAUUAGAAUCUUCAAAACACCUUAAAGCAGGGUUGCUCCAUAUGAUAUAACUUACUGUUAAAAACUCAGUUUUUAUGUAUAUGUAUUGAAGUAUUGUAGCAAAUCAGUAUUACUGUAGCUAAUUGACAGUCAUUUUAAAUGUCCAAUACAUUUCUUACUGCUCUUUGCCGAAUUGACAAUGCAUUCAAUUUCAAGAUAUAUUCCACAAUCACCCAAUACUUCCUAGUAAUUAAAAAGAAAAAACUGCUUUAAAGGUAUAUAUAUUUCAAGGUAUAUUUUCUACAAUCACCAAAUAUUUCCUAGAAAUUAAAAAAAAAUAGAAAUUAUUAUUGCUUUUAACAUUUGUAUUCAAAAGGUAUUUAUAUUCAAGAUAUAUUUUCUACAAUCACCAAAUAUUUCCUAGAUAUUUAUUAUUAUUUACAAAACAAAGAUUAUAU